GGUCAACAAUGAACUGAUUUGCAAUACUUAAUUGUACCCUUUUUAAGACUAGGCAUUUUAAUUUUUUUAACAUUUUAAAGAAUAUGAAUUAUUAAUUAAAAAUAAACUAUAAACAACAUUUUUUAAUGAUAAAAAUCAAUAUUGAUAGUUAAUACAAAUAGCCAUAAUUUAUAUUUUAAGAGGGCAUCACACUCGCAUGUGUGUUUUCGUCUUACAAGUACGUAACAUGGCAAAUUUAUGCUCAGUAGAUCACGUUUAGCUCCAUGUUUAAAAAUUAGAGUGAAUCGACCUAUUAUGAAAAUUGAUGGUAAGAACAUUAUCUGUGUUUGUAUGUUGGUUUUUUACGAUAGUUUAAUUGUUUAACAAGUUAUGCGUAUAUAAUUUAGCGUAAAUUAAAAAUGCUCAUAACUCACUUAAAAACCGAAUAAUCGUAAAAAAACCAACAUACAAACACAGAUAAUUUUCUCACCAUAAAGUUUCACAAUAGAUCAAUUCAUUAUUAUUUUUUAAACUAUAACGGAGCUAAACGUGAUCUACUGAGCGUAAAUUUGUUAUGUUGUACACUUGUAAGACGGCAACAACAUACGCGGGAGUUACGUCCUCUUAAUCGCAAUUACUCAAUUAGAUAUAUUUAUAUAUUAGUAAUUAAUUUAUACUGGAUAAUAAUUAUUAACCUUACCACCAAAUGGUAAAUACCGUACGUGGAGUAUCUUAUAGUAUUUUCCUAAACAAUGAUCACUUUUCACCGUAAGCUCUUGAUCUCUUAGUUUAAACACUCGGGUUGUGUUUGUUAGCUGAUGCUUAAAUCUUAACACAGAAAAAAAGUUGUUAUUUUAUAAUUAAUAAUUAUAUUACUCGUAUAAUAUAUUUUGUAUACUUUUAUUUAAAAUUUUUUUUUUUUUAAUUGAACAUUUAAUAAAAAUAAGAUAAUUUAAUUUAAAUUUAAGUUUAUAUUUUUUAACAGUAAUAUUGUUUUUUAUUGUUAACGACCAGUGGCGGUUUUGGUUGUAUUUUUUUAGUGAAGCGAAUUAUGUAUAACCCUCCCACUAUCAUAACAAAAAUUAAAUAGUAUGAAUGGAAUUUAAAAAUAUAAAAAUAGUUAUAAUAUAAUAUAAUUUUAAUUAUAUAUAUAUAGUGAGUAGUGACAUAUACAUAUGUAUUACAACAAUAACAAUUGAUUAAUUAUUUUUUUGUUAAACGUAGCCGUGGCUGUGGAAGUGCGGGCUGACUAUAAUAGUAGAUCUAUUAUCAUAUUAAUAUUAAUUACUGAUUUGGAAAUUACAAAAAUCAUACGAUUUAAAGAAGAACACUGUCAUAGUGCUAAUAAAGGUGCAAUAUGAGCUAUGAAAAUUAAACAUAAGAUAAAGGAAUGUUCACUUUAGACUUGUAACAAUUUACCCAGGACAAAUUUUUGCCCAAGUUGUACAAAGUACAGGAGAAAUUAAUCGGAAAAAAACAAAAGUUGGUAAAAAAAUUGAACAUUUUAUGUCAGCGUUUUGACGAGGACGAAUCUAAAGAUAAUCUUAAUUUUUUAAAGCAAAUUGGUCAAAAUACAAGAAAAAGAUCAUUUUAUUAAAUUUUUAAUUGUUUUAUUAUAUUGUACUUAUUUAAUUUAGUUGUUUGUUAAUUAUCUUCAACAAAAUAUGUAACAUGUAUGUAACCUAUGGGCUAUAAUGUAUCUAUUUAUAUAAAUUAUAAAUACCUAAAUGAUAAAAGACUGAAUUUAAAUCAAAUAAUUAGGCACCUUUUUUUCCGGGGACUUUAUUUCCUAAUAUCCUCUCUAACGUCAUUGGAAAUACGUUGUAAUACCGGCGUAAAGUUAAAUGAAGAAGAAUUUUUUCUCAAAUAAAAUCAUAAAUACGUUAAAAAUUAUUAGCGAAAUAUGUGCUAUUAGUGAACCAAGAAAUUCACAUUUUGAGUAUUAUUUACCACAAAAUUUUAGGUGAGGCGCCGUCUCACUUGCCUCACCCUUAAAACCGCCACUGUUAACAACUAACACAUAUAUUUCCUUGUUUUUGUCUAAGUCCUUUUUUUUUUAAAAAAAAAAAACUCGUGUUCAAUAUUUUUACCAACUUUUACAAAAUAUUUAUUAAGUUCAUAAUUAAUUAUUCCACCCGAUUUAAUUGUAUUGUUAAUAUAAUAGAAAUCUCAUCGCUUAUAAAAAAAUAUGAAUAAAGUUAAAAUUAAUAUACCCAUUAAAUUGAAAAUUAAAUCAUUAAUAAUCCAUGUUUCACUUAAAAUGAUAACAUCAAAAAGCUCAUUAAAAGUAUUGGGACUUUGUACUUCAGUGUUAUAUUAUGUUCUUUUACAUACGCGUAACACAGCAAAUCUACUUUAUCACAGUUAAUUUACAAUUGAAUCGAUGAUUGCAAAAACGACCCGAGUCACAUUUUUUGUGAAAUUUGGAUAUUAGCAAAAACACGUCAUGCUAGUCAUCUGUUUUUAUGUGUUGAGUGGAAAAACGGCUUCAGUUAUAACGUUUUUAUUAUAUAUUUCUACAAGUAUUCAUUUUUAAAUAAGAAUUUUUUUCAGAAUUAUUUAAAUCAUACACUUUUUAUCAAUUAUCCAAAAGUUUUAAAAAUUGACUCAUGUCGUUUCUGCAAUCAUCUAUUCAAUUAAUAUUAGAUCAAAUUUGUAUAUUAUCAAAUGUUUAGAGGAAAAUAUAAACCGUGUUUGAUUUAGGAAUGUUGACUACAUAAAUCUUGUAAAAACGAGUAGUUAGUACAUUAUACUUAAAUGCAUGCAAAGAAGAUAUUAAUAAUUUUCAAUCACUUGUUUUCAAUAGUUACAAAUUCAUAAUAAUUGAUAUUUACACACAGUGGCGUACGCAGGAUUUUUUUAAGGGGGGUGUCAUAAAUCAUAACUAUAUGUGCGAAUUGACCUUUUUUUUUAGUCAUUGUUUCAUAAUUUGAAUAGAUACUUAUUUUUAAGGCGGGGUGUCAUAUCUCCCUGACACCCCCCCUGCGUACGCCACUGUUUACACAGAAUCCAUCUCAAAUUUGUUAAUUAGAAUUUAGAACUUCAUAACCCCUUGUACAAAAUACUUAGGCAAUUUAACAUGUAGUUUUGCUGUUAUCACCUUAUCAGUAAGUGAAUAGUGAUAAGUGCAAAAUCUACCAAUCUACUAGUUACUACCUUCAUUCAAUAUUUUCAUUUUUUACAAAUAUAUAAAUCAACUGUAUUAUUAUAAUUCAUAAGGUGUAACUGUAAUAGUUAAACAAACUAUUGUAUAGAAUAAAAAUGUUUUCACAUAGUUUUAUAGAAAUGUAGUUCUGAUUGAACUAUUAAGUAGUAAAACACAUUUUUAGAAACAAUUAUGUUAUAUCUUAGAUGCUACUAUAAAUAUUACUAUAUAACUUUAUUGAGCAUUUUUCUUGUUUUGUGUUUAAAUGUUUAUUUAGUGUUCUUUUUUUCAAAAGAUGAAUCAUCUAUAGGAAAGCCAUCUGUAAUAAAAUACAAUGCAACAUACUCUGCUACUCAAAAUAUUAUGAAUUCGUUAAGUAAACUUGACAAAGAGUAUGAUGUACCAGUACCAACUUUUCAGUCAAAUGUUUUAAGAGAACUUAAUGUACUCUUAAGUAAUUUAAAAUUAAAGAUCAAUGGUGAUAUUGAUUUAUUUGCUGCUACUAUUAAAGUAAUGAACCAAAAUGGACUUAUGCCUCUUUAUGGUACACCAUAUCUGGGAUCAACUAUUAACUUAUUAAAAACAUCAAAAAUUACCAAGACAUAUAAUGCAUUUAAAGGAACCCAGCUUAAGUUAAUACUUAUGUUUGAAAAUAAACAAGAAGUUCUAUUUAAACCAAAAUGGUACCUAGAGUCUGAAAUUAUUGAAGGCAGUGUAUAUGCCGGUAAAGAUCGUUAUAAUGGUGAAAUAAUAGCAUUUUAUAUUUCUCUUAUUCUUGGGUUUCCACGUGUUCCAAUUGUGGUGAAACGAAUCUUAGAUGCAUCAGAAUUACAUGAAACAGCAAAUAUUGGAUUAAAAAAAACAAUGUACAUAAAUUCAACAACCAAGGAGACAUGUGUUUAUGGCAAAUGUUAUUAUUGUAAACGUGAAGAUCCAAUAUGUACAAAAAGUGAACGUCUAGAAGGAGCAGCAAUAUUUCAUCUGCCAUCAAAUAUAAAGCUUAAAAAACAUUUGCACCCUUGGAGAAGAACAUAUAUUGAAAACAAAAGAGCCAGAUGGGAAGAUGAUAAUGAUUACUGUGAUAGUGUUAAAUCUAACUAUAGUUCUGAAAGAGUCUUAGAUUUUAUUGAUGUAUCUAUUUUUGAUUUUAUAAUCGGAAACGGAGAUCGACAUAGAUAUGAAGUUGUGGAACAAUUCAAUAAUACUAUUCUUCUAAUUGAUAAUGGAAAAAGUUUUGGGAAUCCUUAUAAAGAUCACAUUGACAUACUGGCUCCACUUUAUCAAUGUUGUAUAAUCCGUUUGAAAACUUGGCAAAGACUUAAAUCGAUUAAAGGCGGAACAUUCACAAAUAUAUUACAAAGUAUGUUGGACAUACACGAGACCUUAUCUCUUCUUACUCUACCACAUUACCACGCACUUGAGCGACGACUAAAAAUUAUUUAUGCUACUGUUGUUAUGUGUCAAAAAAAAUCAGAUAAAUCGAUUCUCAAAUGAUCUUAAUAACAAUAGCAUCGUUAAGACCCAAUAUUAAAUUAAUUUUUAUAUUGUAUUUUUAUUUGUUAUUGUUUAACUGUGAUUGCAUAGAUUGUAAGAUAUUGUACUUCAAGUCUUAAUCCAGACCUACACAAUUAUUAUGAAAUUAUUUUAUAAUAUCUGAUGUCAAUGAUUUUGUGAGAUCUCUCGUGGAACGAUGCACAUUACAUAAUCUUUUAAAAACUGAUCAAGAUAAUAAUUUAUGAUAAUAAUAAAUGUAAAUGUGUAGGUAGGUAAUGCAUUACUUGUCACUAUUCACUUCAGGGAUAAAACAAAAUUUGGUAGUUGGUGCCCAAAGCUUUAAGAAUAUUAAGCUAUUAGUUAAUAAAAAAGGUUUUGUUCAACCUAGGAUGAACAAACUGUGACUAAUUUAUUAUUAAAUAUUUCUUAAUACGUAACUUUAACUUAAUAUAUAUAAAUAUCAGAAUAUUUAUGUAUGUUAAUAAAGAAAUGUAUAAUUUAAUUUAAUGUCUAGAUUUAAAAUUUAGUUAUUCAUUUUUAAUUUUUAGUAAAAUGUCUUAUUAGUGUUCAGUUAUGGGCCAAUCAGUUUCUACUGUCAUGAUUUGUAUAUUUUAAGUUAUACAAAAUAUUUGUUUAGUAAAAACGCAAUUAAUAAUAAUAUACUUUCCAGCUUUCACCAAUUAUGAUCAGUUUGAAAUUAUACCGUUUAGUAAAUUUGCAACUAUAUAAAAAUGUUUUGUUGACUUCAAAUACAAUUGCUAAAGUUUCAUUGUCCACUUGUCACUUUUGGUGAUGAAAUUAAAUAGAAGUUUCUCAAAAAAACUUUUAUAAUGACGAUUGGGUUUUGACAUUUAUUUUUUGGUUUUGUUGGCCCACUAGUCGACAGGUGGUUUUCUUACAUUAUAUUCCGUGUCAUACUUAAGUAGCUUCUACUGUUGAUGUUCAGCCGAAAUUUGUUUUCUAACUUUUUUUGAAUUUUACUUAUAUUUUGUACAUCUUGAUCAAGUAUUACCAUAUUAGAUAAUGCACCUUAUGCAUAUAUAUGCAUACAUUUACAUAAAUUACUCUAAAUGUUUUAUCGCAAAUUGUUAAAUUAUUUAAGUGACAUCCAGCUAUCUGUGUUAGUGGCGGAUUAAGCUAUUGCUGCCUACAAGCAGAAAAUUUGACGCGGUCUCAAAUUAUAAAAUAAUAUUAUAAAUAUAUUUUAUUUUUAUUUUUUAAGUACGCCAAAUUUGCCGCUUCAAUCACCUGAUUAUUUUGCAUGUAGGGUAACCCAACUCUGAUUUGUGUUGUAGAUAAGUUUUAAACAUUGAAACAUAUCAAGCAGAAGUGACAGCGAUAGUCUUGUUCUUUUCCUUAAAAAAGUAGUACUGGCUGAUCAUCACAAAUUGAGAAACAUCACACUAUUCAGCCUACUAUCGAAUUUUGUUAAUUCCAGAGAUAUGAAAAUGGGCCUAUCGCCAUUACAGAAUAAAGUUUCUAUUAGUGGUAUUUUGUCAAAAUAAAUUUUUGCCACUCAUAAUCAUUAUCAAUUAUGUUUACAAACAUUAAUUUGUAGGGAUUAUAUAAUACAUUUUCAUGGAGAAUUCUCCACCUAUAACAUAUUAUUUUUGUAUAACAUUAAAUAUUACCACCAAUUUGCUCUUGGUAGAGUGGAUCUGAUCAAAUCUUGUCAUAUGGCUUCUUGAUCUUAAUUUAUUGUUCUUCAAAGUCGAGUAUCACCCUCCUCCUUUAGGAUUUGUUCAGUGCUAUUCAUACAUUUCAGUUAACACAUUGAUGAACAGUCCAUUUUAUUAUUACGUCCCUUUUUAUUGCUGCUAUAGCAGUAAUGUCCAACUACAUAGUAACUAUCAAGUAUGUAUAUCACUACUGCUAAGCAGUACCGUUAAAUAAAUUAUUCAAUACUUUUAAUAUUUAUAAAACAAAAAUAUAUGAUUUACAUCAAAAAAUUCUUUGUUUAACUUCAUCUGAAGAUUUAUUAACUGAUGGUGCUUUGCCUCUAUUUUCAUGUUCUAUGAAUAUUCCAGUAUUGGUAUCUACUCCCUCAAAUGCUUUGUCUACAGGCCCAUGGCUAAUAAAUAAUGUUUCCAAAAAAAAUUGUUUACAGACUUGAACAUUUUCUUCUUUAUUAUUCUUAAAAGUAUAGACUCUUGUGUUUUCUUUAGCUUUCCUUAUACUUGUUAUUGGGACAUGGUGUUUGACAGGUUUUUAGUAACAUUUGACAAAAUAAAGUCUUUUUGGCGGUUAUAACCUAAAGCUCAAAACUUCUGGUAGUAGGUAGAAUGUAGAAUAACUUGGAUUUACAUAUAUAAAUUAUUACUUUAUUGGUUCAAUCCUUUCUACUUUUGAAGAAUUUCUAUAUAUUUAAAUUAUUUUAUUAUUAAAACAAUUUUAAAUUAUAUUCUAGUUUGCAAUAUUAAUUUUAUUUUUAGUCAAAAUUAACUUUAUAAUUUAGGAUUUAAAUGGGCCUCAGUACAUAAUUUAGGCCGAUUAAACAACUGUUAAAUCCUCCCCUGCUCAUGACUAUGACCCAGUGCAUCUAAACUUGAAUUUACUAUCUCUGAUCAUGACUGAUCACUGUCAUGUUUGUGACUUUUAACCUUUCUUCAAAAACUCAUUUAUGGUAAAACUAAUUCUUCUUCUCUCCUUCAACGCGGUUGCUUCAUAGUUCAUGUGCGCCCUACUUGUAACGUUGCUCUGUUUGUUGUAUUACAGAUUACCAAAAUAAUGAGAACCUCUCACUCUCUAUAUUAUGCAGACUAAUCUAAACACCUCCUUUUCUUAAUUAAAUGAUUAUAAUAUUAUAUCCAAAAUAUAAAUUUGUUUUGUAUUCAUAUAUUUUCAAAUAUAUAUUCUGCAAAUGAAUACAAAGUACUCUAUUUUUUAUUGUAUUUCAUAUUUUGGACAUCCUUCCAUAAAAUAAUUAAAUAGUAAAAAAUAUAAAUAAUAUACUACACAAUUCAAAACUCAAUUUCCUUGAAAAAUCUUAAAAGGUUUGGGAUGUAUUAUAUUGAACACAGUAGUCACUAUAAGACACAUUACGAAUAUCAAACUAACCCAUUGGUUAUUAAUGAUUUCUUUAUAAGAGAGAAAUAUUCAUUGACCAUUAAGUUAUGCCUUAGUAUAAGGUGUAUGGAGAUAUUACUUCCUCUGAUAAAGUUUUAUUUAAGUUAAAAAAUUCCAAAAAUUCAGAAUAACUACCAUUAUUAAAUUAAUAUUAGUACUAAAAUAGUUAGAUAGACACACAAACAAAUAAAGCAAAUGUAAUAUAUGCGGUAAAACUGUAAAACAUAUUUAUGUGCUUCUAUGUUUUUUUCAACUGGUCUCUUGCUAAAUUAUUACGAUUUUCCAUAAAUUGUAUUUUAUCAUUAAAUAUAUUAUAUUGUAUUCAAUAAUAUUAUACAAUUAGAUGUAUAUUUAUUUAUUAUAUAAGUAUUUUUUUUAUUGUAUAAAAGCAACGUUCACCAAAAAUAUUUUAUUGUAAAUGUAUUCUGUUUGAAAGUACCUACUUUUAAUGUGAUUAUAGUAUUAUCUAUUGUUAAUGGUUUUUUUUAUAAUAUUAUUAAUUAUAUAAUAGUACCUAUGUGUGUUGUAGUGAAUUCAAAUUGUAUCUAUUGUUAUUUAUUGUAUUAAUUAUUGUAGUAUUAUUUCUUGAUACAUUUUUUUAUGACUAAAAAAAGUCAAAAUUAAAAAAUAAAUUGCAUUUAUAAUA